AUGAGUUCGGUCCUUUCCGAUAACGAUUGGAUCAGGAUAGAGGAAAGCUUCAACUUACUUAGUUUGGCACCGACUCUUGUGGAGCGUGGUCUGUUGAGUUUUAGUGAUCCAGUGGACAAAAGCAGGACCACUCGCCAGGCGUUUAUAAGAAAAAUCCGUUGUCAGAAGGGAAAUUUCGUCGUAUUUUCUUCGUGUUUCGUCGUAGGUAAGCACUAUGAGCACCUUGGACACGAAUACGUUGCAUUCUUGCUGCACAGACGAGGAAGGCAAUUCAGCCAAGAAAGUGUUUUGCAGAUUUCAUCUCAGUAUGAAACUGUGUUCCGGGCCAAUAUGACAAAAGUCGUUCAAUUCAUAAAUGUAAAGGAGUUGUUGCCCCACUUACUAGAAAAGCGUCUUUUAACCCUGGAAGAAGCGUCCUCCUUCGGUAAUGGAAAAGGGAAUGAAGAUAUUUUUGAGCUUUUUAGACUGUUAAAGGGCAAAGGCCCGACAGCUUUUUGCUUGUUUGUUGAUUGCAUACGUGAGGAGAAACAACACAUUGGUCACAAAGAUUUGUACUCACUUGUAACAGACGAAGGUGUCCUCGCUUCCCCUCAACAAACGAAACCAUGCGAACUUUCAUGUGGAGAGGCCCUCACAUCUCAAGAGUACCACGACAGACGGCACAAGUUUGAAAAAUACUAUCACAGUGGGCAGUGGGCAAUGUGUGAUGCACUAGCCCAAGAGUGUAUGGAAUCUGGUGUAGUCGAAGUCAAGACAAUUGGACACCUUGAGCUUGCCCUCAGCUACGUAUUUCGUGUCUCUGAAAAGGAUGUUGUAGAUCUUGUCGGCAAAGCCGAAGUUCUUUGCAGGGAACUAGAGAACUCUAACCGCACAUUUCUAUCUGGACGAUGUAAGUAUAUCUUAGCCCUCCUCUAUUAUUACCUUGGUGACAAUGUUCAAGCAAGAGAAUACAUUGGUGAAGCUAAGGAGAUAUUGUUCAGUGUGGAAGUUGGGGAAGACAAGACGUUUGCUGCCUACUGCGAUGCCGUAAUUUCAGCUACCAACCUUACUGAAAAGUCAUCGCGGUAUGAAUUUCAGGAGGUGAUCCAUAAGUUUGAAACAUCUCUCUUCUACUCUUCUCGUACGCACGACAUGGACAUUCUCGUAAUAUACUCCUUCCUUCGUCUAGGAAGGCUCUAUCUUGGAAGAACAGAGACGAAAAUCACAGCUUGCAAGAACGAGGACCGCAUUAAAAAGUCAAGAGAUUGCCAACAAAAACUAACAGCAGACUUUUACAGUAAAAUGGAUGACCGCUGUAAAGGCCUGUAUCACCUUAACGAAUACGACAUUUUCAUGUCAACAGGAGAGAACUCCAGUUCUGCAGAUGUGUCACUACGAAAGGCAGAGUAUUUUGUGCAGAGAAGUAAGUGUGCAAUGGAUGAAAAGGCAAUUAAAGUACGACUCAGAGAAUAUUAUUCAACUCCUCAAAUAUCCGUUUCAUGA